UUUCUUUUCCAACGCCGGUUUUGGUGCUUGUCUAGGACUACAAAGCCCCGGAAUGACGAAUUUGGAGCUGGUCUUGGAACUGUCAACCUCGACUUCCUGGUCCAGGCACGGUCCAAGUUCAACCGGUCUACCGUCUGUCUCACAGACCACUUAUUUGCGCUAUCCUGCUUUUCAACGUCUCCCAACUCACCUUGUGGCUGAGACCAGCACGUGUCGAGGCAGAAAAUGGAACUGCGAAGAAACAUGCCUCGACCCUUGCACCAUCCAAUAGGCUAAUUUCUUGCCUGGAACUAAUCUGAAGAGCCCUUUGCUGUCUUUGGCCGCUUCUUGACACCUUCAAGCAUCCGACAGACGGUCCGACUCGUUGAUGAUGCCAACACCGAUAAAUUCGAACGAAAUUCGAGUAGGAGGAGGCCCUCUGUGCGGCGUCUGAUGGCCAGAGAAACAAGCACAGUACCAGUACAGUUUCUGGACCUGCCUCCACGGCAGACUUUGAGCCAGGAUCACUGUCUCCGCAUCAGUCCCAUGUUUGCAUUGGACCGAGAGAAGGCACAGCACACACGGGGCCAUUUAUUACCGUGUCUAGGAACUCGAACCGCAACCCAUAGAAGGCACAGACACAGGCGGCGGCAGCCAAUACAUUGGAAGUACCGCCGACUCCUCCCUCAAUGCCUCACAGCUAAGACCUGCAUGUACGACCGGGCAGGCGUGGAGAAAGUAGCUGGAAGAUGCAGAAGAAAGUGGACAAACAAAAGAGGAGGUGAAGGAGCGAGAGUAGCGGUGCGGUGCACAGGGAUGUUUCCUGUCCUCCCCUACAACCCUGAUCGUCAACUGCCGCCAAGCAAGCGCCUGUUGUGGCCGUGGCCGACGGCCGGGUCUGAACUGCGAGAACAGACUCGCGCCGGGCUAAUAACGUACGGGCAAGAGGGCCAGGACGGGCAGCAGGCUAGUCAAAGCAGCGGCGCCAUAGUAACGCAGUAAGGCGACAGCGUCCGACCACAGCACCUUGCAAUUUGGCUCUUCCUAUCUCUUUGCCUUCUUUACUGGUACUCCGGGGCUUCUAGCUCAUCCAAAUCACUAUGAUAUAUGACUUGACAAAAUCUCACCACCAUGUGCCCCCCUGCAAGCGCAAUGAGUGCAUCCAAGUGCGUUCGGUUUUUGCACCCCCCUCCCCCUUCCCCAUCCCUCUUGCACCCCCAACCCAAUUAUGUCAUGCAUCGUGACUUCAAAGUACCCUGGACCCUCUUGUAAUUUUGAUACCCGUCGUCCCCACAGGCCGGGCAUGCUCUCAUACUACCAUACCCUCCCGCGUUCGCUCACCGUAGCAUCUUCUUGUCAGUCCCGCGCUAUGGUGUUUAGGUACAGCUAAAUAUAUAGACCAUCCUUCCCGCUGUUGGAGACACAGAGGUUCGGGCUUGCUGCCUGAAUGAACGGUUCACCACCCAAACAUGCAACUCUAGGUCCAUGUCUUUCCCUUCAUGUACUGUCCUUACCACCAUUGCCUUCUGACAUUGACUUUCUGAGUUGCUUUCUUCUUCCUUUGGACUUUGACAUUUCCCCCCACAGCUAAAUCCCAUGACAACCAGAAUCAGGAUGAGUUCAUUCUCUUCCUCUUCGUCCCCCUCGUCGACGACGUCGUCAUCGUCGUCUUCGCGCAAGUCGCGCAGGACGACCAGCAUUUCAAACGUCAUGUACACCAAUGCCGUCUACUUCCCCAACGAACGGAUAUACCAGGGCGAUACGCCUGCAGCUAUGAACUAUGGCUGCAUCAACCAUGUUUACUACGCCUUUGCGAAUAUUUCGUCCGACGGGGGUGUUUUUUUGAGCGAUGAGUGGGCCGAUGCCCGCGCACCAGUUGACGGCGUGCAAGGCGGCCUGGGUUCCCUCAUGCACUUGAAGCAGAAACAUUCACACCUACAAGUCAUCCUAUCCAUUGGCGGCGGUAAUUCAAGUGCAGUGUUUCCCUCGGUGGCGGCAAACACAUUGUACAGAGACAACUUUGCCAGGUCUGCGAGGGGUCUGGUGGAUGCGUCGGGUCUGGAUGGUAUCGACAUCAUGUGGGAGUAUCCAUGCGAUUCCGAACAGGGCCACCAUUUCCUCGCCCUUCUCGCUGCGGUUCGCCUACACAUGCCCGAGAGCCAUUACCUCCUUACCGCCGCACUGCCCGCCGCGAAGGCAGUUUUGCAGUACAUCGACCUCGGACAAACGGCCGACUAUCUCGACUACCUCAACUUGAUGGCCUACGAUUUUGCCGGCCCCUGGACACACAGAAGCGGCCACCACGCCCAAUUGUAUGCGAUGAGCAAGGAUGAGAAUUCAGGUGCGUCGGGAAUACAAUAUGUGGUCUCGAAAGGCUUCCCCUCGCAAAGAAUCCUUCUCGGCAUUCCCCUAUACGGCCGCAGCUUUCUGCAUGCCGCCGGACCAGGUCAAAAGUUCAAGGGGGCGAGUACGUUUGAAUACCACGAACUCCCCCGUCGAGGAACGAAGGAAGUCGUGGACAAGAAAUCCAUUGCAGCGCAGUGUGUCGGUGCGGACGGCGGCUUCGUGACGUACGACAACCCCGAUACGGUGAAGAUGAAGGCGGCAUUCUGCAAGCAAAAGAGCUUAGGAGGGCUGUUUUACUGGAACGGACCAGCUGAUGCAAAGGACAGCUCGCGGAGCUUGAUAGCGACCGGGUUCAGAGCUCUGCACAGCUCCUGAUGGAAGUCUUGCGGGGGCAUUUGGCUUUGGACAAGCCUCAGACAUUUAACAACAGAAUGCCGACUCGAAACGGCAAAUGUCGGCCUACCGGGCCGAUGGUUAUCUACAAACGAUGGAUGCAUUUGCAAGGCGCAGGAAAGGAUCUACAACAUCUGACGAGGGCACAGCUUGGCGUUUGAUUUCGGCGACCCGCAUCACGAACUUUAGCGGUUGUUUUUUUUCCUUCUCUUACCUUCUACCCAUCCCUUUGAUUUCAUUACUAUUUUCCCUUGUAUCUUGCAUGAAACCAUGUCGGGCGGCAUGUUUGAAGGCCUAAUUUGUGGCUUUCGGGGGGAGGGGGGAUGAUUACCAAAAGUCUGGGGCAGCUGAUGAUAUCCUACAUGGGCACGAGGUAAACGAUGGGGUGGGGUGUGGCUUGACUUUUUUGCAUGGGCAUCAUUCAGAUUCAGCUGGGAUUGUCAUUACUGUUCGCGUCAUGACUCACAUCAUAGACGGGGGAAGCCCGAGGGAAUGAGUGAGUGGGAUGUGAGGGGGUUAGGUAGGAUUCUGUGUACUAUGUUAGAUUUAAUCUGAGCACU